CAGCAGAGUGUAGUAAAGAACAGGAAACAACAGGACUUGAAGAGGGUUAUAUAUCAGCAUGUAAUCAGGAUAUAUGGUAGGGACAAUCCUAGCGUCGCGGCAAUGCAAGAUCACUUAUAUACAUAUGCACACACACACACACAGCUACAAAUACAAUGUAACAGAAUAGGGUGUAGAUUCUGAGUUGUAUCGUUUUUGUAACAUUUACAUUACUUAGUAAUACACAACAAUGUACCGGUAAUUUCUGUUUUGCUUGCUGUUCUGAACAGGUCCACGAUUGGUUCGUAUAUUCCUAUACGUUCGUUUUUGUGAUUUAGACUAGCAUGCUAAUAAAUAGUAACCUAUUUUAAGGAGUUACGUGUAACAAAAUAAUUUGACCUUAAAAUUAAGCAAAGUAUGUUGCGUUGAGGUUUCUACAUUUUCUCCAACACAGCUAUACGUAUUAUUAUUAUUAUUAUUAUUAUUAUUAUUAUUAUUAUUAUUAUUAUUAUUAUUAUUAAUAAAGAUAUAGUUACAUUCAGUAAUGGGAGUGGGUGAACAACACAUGUGUACGGAAUUGAAAUUGCUAUCGGUAGUUCAGGCCGGGGGGGUGAAUGUUGAGGAGGGGGGUGUUUUGAAAUCGAACCAGCAGAGCGAUGUGAAGAUAGAGGAAAAUGAGGACCAAGCGCCGAGUGAGAGGGGGACCUGGAGCCGCCGACUCGAGUUCACUCUGGCGUGCAUCGGGUACGCCGUGGGACUCGGAAAUAUAUGGAGGUUCCCUUAUUUAUGCUACAGGAGUGGAGGCGGGGCGUUUAUCAUUCCAUACGUGGUGAUGCUGUUCUUGUGCGGUAUUCCACUGCUCUUUCUGGAGUUCUCGAUUGGACAGUACAUGCGUCUGGGGCCAGUGCAUGCCAUGGCCAAAAUCUGCCCCCUAUUGAAAGGUGUGGGAGUGGCUACAGUGGUGAUCUCGUUUCUGCUCUGUACCUACUACAAUGUUAUCAUCGCCUGGGCCCUCUAUUACCUCUUCAGCUCCUUUCAGUCGACACUGCCCUGGCAGAACUGCAACAACACUUGGAACGUUCCGGAAAACUGCUCCAGUGGCUUCACGGGCAACGCCACACAUCUCCAGUCGGCCAGCCAGCAGUUCUUUGAUCGCAGGGUACUGCAGAUGAGUGGUGGAGUGGAUCAGCCUGGACAGAUUCGCUGGGAGCUGCUUGGUCUCCUUAUUCUUGCAUGGAUCAUUGUUUACUUGUGCAUCUUUAAAGGAAUCAAAUCCACUGGAAAGGUCGUUUACUUCACUGCUAUAUUCCCUUACUUCAUACUGAUUGCCUUGUUUAUCAACAACGUUCAACUGCCUGGGGCCAAAGAUGGAAUCCUCUACUUUCUCACCCCGAGAUGGGACAAGCUACUCGAAGUUCAGGUGUGGGUGAACGCUGCAGCUCAGAUCUUCAACUCCAUCGGCAUCAGCUUCGGCUCCAUGAUCUCCAUGGCAAGCUACAAUAAAUUCAACAACAACAUUCUCAGGGACACGUUGAUCGUCACCCUGACCAACUCUGCCACCAGUAUCUUUGCUGGGUUAGUCAUCUUCUCAGCUAUCGGCUACAUGGCCCACAUACACCACCUGCCUGUCGACAACAUCGCUACAGACGGGCCCGGCCUGGUGUUUGUUGUUUAUCCAGAGGCCUUUGUUACCAUGCCGGUGUCUCCCAUGUGGGCGGCCCUCUUUUUCUUCAUGCUGCUCUGCCUUGGGUUAGACAGCCAGUUUGCCAUGGUGGAGGUGAUGGUAACGAGCCUCAUGGAUGGCUGUGGGAAGCAGCUGCUCAGAGUGCUGAAGAGGAAGGAGCUGCUGGUCCUGGCAGUGUGCCUGGUUGCCUUCCUUCUUGGGAUUCCCAAUGUCACUCAGGGAGGGAUAUUCUUCUUUCAGCUCCUGGAUCACCACACUGCUGUGGUGUCCCUCAUGUUCCUGGCUUUCUUUGAGGUUGUUGCCAUCUGUUGGAUCUUUGGUGUGAAGCGACUGACCAGGAUUGUGACUGAAAUGCUGGGGGCGCCUCCUAACAUGUUCUUCAAAGUGUGCUGGUGGGUGAUCUCCCCCCUGCUGGUGAUGAUCAUUCUGAUCUCCAGCAUCGUCCAGUACAGUCCAGCCCGCUAUGGUAAGACCUACACCUACCCCCCAUGGGCUGAGGUGCUGGGCUGGUUCUUUUCUCUCUGCUCCAUCAUCUGGAUCCCACUAGGAGCUGUGCACACACUCUACUACAGCGAAGGGACACUUCUACAGCGGCUGAAGUCCUCAAUCAUACCACUUGACGAGCUGGCCUCCAUGGAUGACCUGCCAGUCAAGACCUUGGCUAAUUCCUCCCAGUCGCUUUCGCCGCACAUGAUUCCUGAAGAGGUUCCUCUUGGAAGGGAAGACGUCGGCUGAAGAUUGCAUUGGAAUGUUACAUUAUUCUAGUGGAUUUGUUCUCCUUUCCUAUAGCUGUAGUGUCCCAAGUGAAAGUCUUUAUUAUUAUUAUUAUUAUUAUUAUUAUUAUUAUUAUUAUUAUUAUUAUUAUUAUUUUUACAUACACUAUGUGUGGGGGUGUGUGGGGGGGGGGCUGUGUAACUUAUUUAGAGUAAAAUUAAACUUGGUUGUGGGUCACUGUUGCUUCUCUAACGGUGACUGUUGUUAUUACCGUACAUUGAAGACCAACUGAGAAAUGUGUCACAAGGUUUUGAAUGUACCUCUUGUUUAGACCAAACAAGAAAAUGUUUUAUUUCUAUAGGCCUUAAAGUAGGUGUUCCUAAACCAUGAUUCCUUUAAUUGACCAUGUGUAAUCUGAAAGUGUGGUCCACUCUACUUCUGUUUACUCAAAGUGCCUGAGCGUCAUGGAACUAAAUCAGAGAUGAUGUUUUUCACAGAAAACCUUUGAGCCCCUAACCUCAGAAAAGCUGAGGGACUAGGAGGUAUGUGUUAACACAAAGGUUCCAUGAGGUAUGAGGUGUUUUUUUGCUUUAAAAUGUAAAUUCUCUGUGGUGUGUGUGUGUAUGUAUAUAUGACAGAUACUUAUUUCAGGUAUAUGCUAUUUUGCAGUUUAAUGAACAAGAGAGGAUGUGGGUUUCGUAAAAUCUAUUCUGCUUUCCGUUGCUGUUUUCUGUAUAUUCCUCACUGGCACUGUACUGCAAAAAAUGUAUGUGCGUUUUGUGUUUUGCUCUGCAAGAUAUCCUUGCACUGAAAAUAUGAAGCACAAACUGCCACUCAUAAGUUGUUUUUUUAAAGCAUGCCAGUAAAAUAUGCAAUUCCAACAAAGAUCCAUUCCAGUCCCUGAGCAGCCAGGUUUGUGAAAGCCUUCAUGGAAUAAGGUGCAUUGGUCUUCAUGUACGGCUCUUUCCAUCCAUUCCAGUCCCUGAGCAGCCAGGUUUGUGAAAGCCUUCAUGGAAUAAGGUGCAUCGGUCUUCAUGUAUGGCUCUUUCCAUCCAUUCCAGUCCCUGGGUUCCAACCAUAUCCUCGGAGAGGCCCAUAGCCUUGUUCAAAACAAGUCCAAAUGGUUUUAUUGUAUCUCAGAGUUGAACUAAGUAAUUGCAAAGCUGUUGUAACAAGGUCAUGGUUUGGAAUGGUGUUCUACUUGUGUAAAGGCUAUACUGCUGAUCACUGCAGUAUUUGGGUUGUUUUUGAGGUGUGCAGUAGUGGCAUCGGACCACUGGAAUCUUCUGCAAUACUGGGCAACUGUUUCCACAGCACUGGAUGAGAUUUUGUGAAUCAAAAUGCAACACGUAUAUAUUUCUGUAUGCAGUAUGUAUGUAUGCCAAAAAAAGCUAAAGAAAACCAUAUUGAAAUGUUGAUAAACUCUAUAUGAAGAAUUAGAAGCUGUACAUUUUAGAGACGUGCAGACAGUAAACCUGCUGCAUUGUUCAGUAUACAUUGCAACACUUAAUUAGCUUCUAUUUGAGGUAGCGAUUACAUUGUCUAAAAUAAAUGAGAUGCAAAUGAAAGGGGGUUUACAGUAUCUUUUUAUAGUUUUUUUUUAUUUAUUUAUUUAUUUCUUAGUGUUAAGGCUUAUAAAUGACUUCAGCAAAUACCUGGAGCGUGUAAAAAGCUAAUCAAACAUAUUUGCAUAUUUGCAUCUGUAUAAUGUGAUACAUUUUCUAAUAUCUCUUGAAGUAAAGGCAUUUGUUUUCUGCUGAACUACGAAUGCAUUGCCACAUCCGGAACCAGCAGUUGCUGUUGCUUCACUUUAUUUAGGAUUUCGAAUCUUCAAAAAAGUUUGGAACUUACUCUAUUUUGCGUUCUGACUUUUUUUUUUAAUAAAACAAAUCUGUUAUUGGUCUA